AUGGUGUGUACUUUUGCGGUACGGCGAUAUACUGCUUCAAUUUUACGUCCAAGGAUCGGGCUUCUCUCGGGGAAGCAGAUUGCGAUUUCACGUAAGCCAACUCGCGAUGUACAUCCGAAAACUCCGGCAAGGACAAGGUUUGCGCCCUCACCCACAGGAUAUCUCCAUCUGGGUUCUCUGCGCACGGCACUUUACAAUUAUCUGCUAGCCAGGAAUACAAACGGGCAGUUUUUGUUGCGGUUGGAAGAUACGGAUCAGAAAAGAUUAGUAUCUGACGCUGAGCAGAACAUCUACGACACACUGCAGUGGCUCGGUAUCCAGUUUGACGAAGGUCCAGGUGUUAAUGAAGUAUAUGGCCCAUAUCGACAGAGUGACCGUUCGGCUAUAUACAAGGCUCAUGCUGACAAAUUACUGGCAUCCGGACAUGCAUACCGGUGCUUUUGCUCGAAGGAGCGGCUCGAGAAUCUCCGUACUAGUGCCAUGGCGCUUCAACCCCCCACCAAUGUGAGUUACGACCGCGAAUGUGCCAACCUGAGCCAAGAGCAUAUCGACCAUAAAUUGGACCAGAAUGUCCCAUUUACUCUGCGAUUCAAAUCGCCCGCUGUCUACGAGCCAUUUGAAGAUCUACUGCAUGGUAGAGUAGAUCUACAACCGCAGACAAAUCCUAAUGACAUCAGGUAUGAUGACCCCGUCCUAAUGAAAUCCGAUGGUCUUCCGACAUAUCAUUUCGCCAAUGUUGUUGAUGAUCACCUAAUGAAAAUCACACAUGUUAUAAGGGGAGAGGAAUGGCUGCCUUCUACACCAAAGCAUAUAUCUCUGUACCGGGCUUUUGGAUGGACACCUCCCAAGUUUGUGCAUAUACCGCUUUUAACUACGGCUGCGGACAAAAAGCUCAGCAAACGGAAGGGAGAUGCCAGCGUUAUGGCACUCAAGGCCAAGGGUGUUUUACCUGAGGCAUUACUUAACUUUAGCGUUUUAUUUGGAUGGGCACCCCCAAGAGAAUUAGCGACUGCAAAUCACGAAUGUUUUACCUUGGGUGAAUUUGAACGGUUAUUCAAUCUCAACAACUUAACUAAGGGCAACGCCAAAGUCGAUGAAAAGAAACUUUGGUUCUUCAAUAAGCACUAUCUCUCUGCACGGCUGAAGGAUGAACACCAAGUAUCCAUAGAGGCGCGGAACUUGACUCAAAUCCUCAGCAAGAAAUAUCCAGGGUUAGAUGAAACAAAGACUAAGCAACUACUGAAGGCCGUAGGAGGCCAUUUGACCGUCAUAGAUGAAUUGGAAUCCCAGUUCCAUUACCUGCUUUCAAAGCCUGUGUAUGAAAAUGAAUUCUCGGAUCGCUUUAUUAAGGCAUGCGAGCCUUCUCAAGUGGCACGCGUAUUGUCCUCCAUUGCAUCUCUUCUAGACAACUCCAACCUCAACGAUCUCGUUGCCGAAGUGAGUACUCGGGAAAAUGUACCCAAGAAAGCCGUUUUCGAGGCAAUGAGGUUCGCCCUAUCGGGGUCGGUGCCUGGUCUAAAACUGCCUGUUCUAAUCUCCACACUUGGACUUGAAGAAACAAAAGCACGACUAAAUGAAGCUGCACAAUAUCUGGUGACGUAG